AAUGAAAGCCGAAGCUCGUCUUACCAGUUCACAAUUAUCAAAAAAGGCUGCAGCAAAUUCAUUUUCUAUUCGGUCCACUGUUGGCAGCCGACUGUUUGUGUGGCUCCCACGUCCACCAUGACCACGCAAACCAAGCAGAGUUCCUCAAGCAGCCCCCAUAGUUGUCAAACUGGACUUAAAGUCUUGGGUGGCCGCUGGCAUGUGUCUGGUGCGUGGCGUAUAUAUGUCCUCAUAAAGCUUGGUUUUUCAUCAUUCGCAGUUCCGCUCUUAUGGCUUCAAUGUCCCCGCAGCAGCUUCUCUGCCUACUCCUCAUAGCAGCAGCUUGUUCUGCGUCUGCUCGUCCCGAUUCUCUUCACAGCUAUGCUCAAUCUUGUCCGAGAGCUGAACAGAUAGUCGCGGCCACUGUCAAGAGUGCGGCGGACCGGGAUCCAACAACACCAGCCGGCAUUAUCCGCUUGUUCUUCCACGACUGCUUUGUCCAAGGGUGCGAUGCUUCAAUACUUUUGGAAUCGACUCCUACUGAUGGGAGAGAGGUGGAGAUGUUCGCGGGCCCGAACAUCAACUCUGCUCGUGGUUUCGAGAUUAUCGAGGCGGCAAAGACCCAGCUGGAGGCUGUGUGCCCGGGAGUUGUGAGCUGUGCGGAUGUUCUCGCGUUUGCUGCCAGGGACGCGACAACUUACUUUGGAGGGAUGUUCUACACGGUGCCUACGGGUCGCCUUGACGGACGAAUCUCUAGCAGAACAGAAGCCAACAGCUUACCGGGUCCCGCUUCCUCGUUCAGUCAGCUGAGAGACAUCUUCGACGGCAAAAAAUUGUCAGUUCAGGACCUCGUGCUGCUCUCCGGCGGACACACCAUUGGUCGCGCAAAGUGUCGAUUCGUCGAGGCUCGUAUCUACAACUUUAGCGGCACCGGAAGUCCCGAUCCACGCCUGGACGCUACGUACCGUGAGGAGCUCCGGCGGAUUUGCCCGCAGGGAGCAAACCCGAGCCCGACGGUGGCGCUGGACAGGAACUCGGAGUUUAGCUUCGACAACGCUUACUACAGGAACCUCGAGGCCAACAGGGGGCUGCUUUCGUCGGACGCGGUGCUCCGGACCGACCCGGACGCUGCCAAUCUCAUCAACUCGCUCGCUCAGAACCCGCCAACGUUCCUCUCCAUGUUCGCGCAGUCGAUGAUCAACAUGGGAAACAUCGAGUGGAAGACGAGAGCCAACGGGGAGAUAAGGAAGAAGUGCUCGGCCGUGAACUCCAGGAUCACCACCGAAGUGGGCGACGUUGCGUCCUUCUAGGAUAUCAAUCAACAAGGGUGGACGGUUUGUCUUGGCAAAUUGGAAGAGCGCUGGAAAAAUAAAUCAAUGUGUCACUGAAUCACUUUGUAAACUGUGAAAAUAUUUCAUACGGAUAGAAUCGGGGUUCGAUCCUCUUCAAAAA